AACAGCAUUGAACGCGUCUUUCCGUUUGUGAAGAGGAAAGCUUCUUCUUUCCAUGAUAGAAAGCUAUCAUAAUUUUCUUAAGCCUAUUCAGCGAAUUAUUAAUCUUGGUGGUGUUUUUAUAACGCUUCUUCUUAAAUUUUUUUUAUCAUAUUAACUCUACAAGCCGUCUGUAAUGUCUGCAAGAAGCGUUAAAAAAAGAAGUAAGGCUACUUCCCGGUCAGCAAAGGCGGGUGUCUUGUUCCCUGUUGGGAGGAUGCAUCGUUAUCUCAGAAAUGGAACCCACCAUCUUCGCAUCGGCGCAGGAGCGCCCGUUUAUAUGGCAGCCGUUAUUGAAUAUUUGACUGCGGAAAUUUUAGAACUUGCAGGGAACGCAGCAAGAGACAACAAGAAGGGUCGUGUAACACCUAGACAUAUCCUAUUAGCUGUAGCCAAUGAUGAAGAACUGCACCAGUUGCUGAAAGGCGUCACAAUUGCAUCUGGAGGAGUUUUACCAAAAAUUCACCCUGAGCUUCUGGCAAAGAAGAAAGGUGGCAAGUUUGUCAUGGUUGCAACACCACACUCUCCUGGUUCUACAGCUUCUUCUUCUGGUGUCAUUGCUUCAAAAAAGCCAAAAAUAACUCCAAAAAAAGGUCCUGGAAGUCCUGGCAAAGGAAAGGGAAAAGGCAAAGGAAAGGGGGGUAAGGACGUUCUCAAUUUGGUGAAUAGCCAAGGGGGAGAAAAUGAGAUAACUGUGCUAUCUGAAAAAAAGUUGUUCCUUGGACAGAAGCUGACAGUUAUUCAAGGUGGUAUUGUGGAUGUGUCAGCUGAUGCCAUUAUUCAUCCAACUAAUGCAUCUUUCUAUCUUGGUGGUGAAGUUGGACAAACAUUAGAGAAGAUUGGUGGUAAAGAGUUCCAACAAGAAGUCAAAGAUUUAUUGGCAUCAAAUGGUCCUCUUGAUACAGCAGGAGCUGUCAUUGGUCCAGGACAUAAUUUUAGUGCCAAACAUGUAAUUCAUUGCAACAUGCCUCUUUAUGGUGGCCAAAACUCCAGUGAACUUUUAGAAAAGUCCAUCAAAAACUGCUUAGCUCUGGCUGAUGAAAAGAAUAUUAAGUCCCUUGCAGUCCCUUCAGUUGGGAGUUCCAA